CCUUAUCCGACAUACACAUGCGCUUGUGUCGGCCCAGCAAAAUGCCCCCUCCCCGUCUCUCUGUCGUCAAUCGCGCGGAGCGCGCCAUAAGCACUCACACAGCUCGUUCGCGGCGAGGCCCGAUGUCGCGGUGCUGGUGCAUGCACGACCCUCCGGAGUCGCGGUACAAACCAACAGCCUCGUCGCUCUACGGUCGUCUGCCGCCGCGCCCAUUCAUACCCUUGCACGAAUUCCAUUGCAUAUUUUCGUCCCGUCUCGCUGAACAGUGGGCGUCAGUACAGCCGGUGCCGACCGUCGUUUCUCACUGCUUGCGACAGCCGUGUCUCUCUCCGAGCCUCCAGCAACUCCCCCGCGAAGUCGUCCCUUCGCCCUUCCAGCUAACGUAUGCGGCCGCUUAAGACGGGCUAUCCUAGCGGUUGCGAGGCUCUGGUUAAGACUGUUUUUCCCCUUCACCUCUCGUCGUCAUGGCGCAAGUGGGCAGCGGCGGCAGCGGUGCGGACGUGGAGGGGUGGGUGGGGAGGUGCGCGUUCCUGGCGGUGGAAGGCCGGGAGGACUGCGCGCACGCUGGGGAGCGUUGGAGCGCGGGAACGAGGGGAGCGGCGGAGGAGGAGGCGGGGCGGGGGCGGAAGAACACGGUGGAGGUGGUGGCGGCUCUCGCGCUCGUCACGCGCCUGUGUGGCGGCAGUGAGCGCCCGGCAGCACAGUGGCAGCAGCAGCUGGAGCGGCUGCUGCCGCUUCACGCCUUCCAUCCGCCUCGUCGAGUGGUGGUGGUGGUGCCAACGCGGGAGCAGCAGCAGGCGGCAGAGAGGGCGUGGAGCCGGCUGCAGAGGCAGCAGGGCGGCAGCAGCUCUGUGCGUGGCGUCAUUCAGCGCGACCCAUGAAGGCAUGUGCCCAGCAUCCGUGUGAGGCAGCUGCCACCAUGGUGCAGGUGCUGCAUGUGGCUUGCUUUGGGUGCGCGCUCCCCUCUGUGUCUGCAUGCGCCAUCGCUAUC